CUUAAGCUUUUUUUCAGUUUCUAAUUUACUACAUAGGCACUGAAAAGAGCUUCACCAACAGAGAAAAAGAAAAAAGUACAAGAAGCUAUACAAAAACAUCUUCAUCAGUCAUCAUCACCAGCAGAAAGAAUGAAGUUCUUGAGUAAUGAACAACUAGCUUUCGUAUUCGGUCUCUUAGGUAACAUUGUGUCAUUCAUGGUGUUCUUGGCGCCAAUACCAACGUUUUACACAAUAUACAAGAAGAAAUCAUCCAAAGGCUUCCAAUCCAUACCUUAUGUGGUUGCCCUUCUUAGUGCAAUGCUGUUAUUGUAUUAUGGUGUCCUCAAGACCAAUGCCUUUUUGAUCAUCAGCAUCAAUGGCAUCGGAUGCGCUAUAGAAAUUAUUUACCUCAUAUUCUACAUUGUAUAUGCAUCCAAGAAGGACAAGAUUACUACAAUGAGUUUGAUACUGCUGGUGAACGUAGCGGCCUUUGGGUUGGUGAUGGCGGUUACAGUCUUUCUUCUAGGAGAAGCCAAGCGUGUUAGCGCUGUUGGAUGGUUAUGUGCUGUGUUCAACAUUGCUGUCUUUGCUGCUCCUUUAAGCAUCAUGAGGCAAGUAAUAAGAACCAACAGUGUAGAAUACAUGCCAUUUUCUUUGUCAUUUUUCCUCACACUUUGUGCAACCAUGUGGUUCUUCUACGGCCUCUUCACAAAGGAUUAUUACAUUGCAUUACCAAAUGUGUUGGGAUUCUUAUUAGGCAUCGCUCAAAUGAUCCUAUACCUCACAUACAAGAAUUCAGGGAAAAAUGAUGCAGAAAAUAAAGGCAGUCAAGAGAUGAAGAAGUUCAUGAGCCGCAACCGCCCAAAGCUAAUGCGCAGUGUUAGUGAUUUACCCAGAGCAGAUAAAUUGAUGCAGACUACGUAUGUCUUCAAUCAGCAGCAGCAGCAGGAAUCGAACGACAACCACGUAUAGUUCCUACUACAUAAGCUCAAGAAACAUUGAAGAUCGAUCAUAACCUAUAAUUCUAGCCAUAC